UAAUGGCUAUGCAGAUGCAACUCGAAGCAAAUGUGGAUACUUCAGUGGAAGAAGAAAACUUUGGCCCGCAGCCUAUUUCAAGGUUAGAGCAAUGUGGCAUAAAUGCUAAUGAUAUAAAGAAAUUGGAAGAAGCUGGGUUCCAUACUGUUGAGGCUGUUGCUUAUGCACCAAAGAAAGAACUAAUAAACAUCAAAGGGAUUAGUGAAGCCAAAGCUGAUAAAAUUUUGGCUGAGGCAGCUAAAUUAGUUCCAAUGGGUUUCACUACUGCAACUGAAUUCCACCAAAGGCGAUCAGAGAUCAUACAGAUUACCACUGGUUCCAAAGAGCUUGACAAACUGCUUCAAGGUGGAAUUGAGACUGGAUCUAUUACAGAGAUGUUUGGAGAAUUUCGAACUGGGAAGACCCAGAUAUGUCAUACAUUGGCUGUAACGUGUCAGCUUCCUAUCGACCGGGGUGGAGGUGAAGGAAAGGCCAUGUACAUUGACACUGAGGGUACCUUUAGGCCAGAACGGCUGCUGGCAGUGGCUGAGAGAUACGGUCUGUCUGGUAGUGAUGUCCUGGAUAAUGUAGCAUAUGCUCGAGGGUUCAACACAGACCACCAGACCCAGCUCCUUUAUCAAGCAUCAGCCAUGAUGGUUGAGUCCAGGUAUGCACUGCUAAUUGUAGACAGUGCCACCGCCCUCUACAGAACAGACUAUUCUGGUCGGGGUGAGCUCUCAGCCAGACAGAUGCACUUGGCCAGAUUUCUGCGGAUGCUUCUGCGACUUGCUGAUGAGUUUGGAGUAGCAGUGGUGAUCACUAACCAAGUGGUGGCCCAAGUGGAUGGAGCAGCCAUGUUUGCUGCUGAUCCCAAGAAACCUAUUGGAGGAAACAUCAUUGCCCACGCUUCAACAACCAGGCUGUACCUGAGGAAAGGAAGAGGAGAAACCAGAAUCUGCAAAAUCUAUGACUCCCCCUGUCUUCCUGAAGCUGAAGCUAUGUUUGCCAUCAAUGCCGAUGGAGUGGGCGAUGCCAAAGACUGAACCGUUGGUGUGUUUUAAACCUUACAUACUGCAGACUGAUGGAAAGGACUGCUCCCAGUGUUUCUUUACUGUCUUCUUCCUGUUGUAACUUCCAGGAAAGAACUUUUGGGAAAAAAGCACCAUUGUAUCCGCUUGUCUGAUGGUGUAAACAGGAUACAGUCAGAGUCACAACUUAUCUGAAAUGUUUAUUCCUUCUGGAGUAUAUUAAUUUCUAUGUUAUUUCUUUGGUUUUGGAGGGGAGAUA